AUGUCGACUCUAGAAGGCAAUCGUCUCAGAAAUGAGGCUAGAAUCAAAUACGGUCCUCAACUGCGAAACUCGUUCAAAAAGCUGGAUGUUGAUCAAAGUGGCUUUGCUUCAGUAGACGAAAUGUCAAAGUUCCUUGCGAAAAAAGGUUUCAUCAAAAACUCCGACGACUCGAUUUCUGACUUCAAUGCUUCCAUGACCCGGUAUCUGAACAAACUCAACUACGGAAAAGAAAAACCAGGAGAGCUGAGCGAAGAUGAAUUCGUCAAGUUUUGGGCGGAUCUUUACGCUCUGUUCGACAAAAUCGACAAAAAUGGAGACGGGUUUAUCAGCAUUUCCGAGUGCUGCCAAUAUCUUCUCGAGCGGAAAAUUAAGCAUCAACUGACCAAAAAUGAUUUGCUUUCUGAAGUCAAGCGAUUCUUCAACAAAGUCGAUACGGAUCGGAAUGGGAAGAUUACUCUUACCGAAUUCUUCGUCAAAUUGCCAGAUCUUGAGCUGCAAAUUAUCAAUAAAACACUUUGA